AACUUGUGACACUCAGUUUUGCUUGUGUCAGUUCUGUCAUGGUUGACAACACUGACGUCCCUCAGGAUCUUAAUUAGUGUCUUCUGCCUGUAUGAAAGAUGACUAGGAUCCAGUACCUGGCUUAUCUGUGGACUCUGGUCAUCAUUACACAGACAGGAUGUGUAUGCGGUGAUAUUCAGUUUUUGGAGAGGCAUGAGGGGGAAUCUGUGGUUCUUCCCUGUGUGGUUGAUCAGAGAAACCCUUCGCCCUUUGCUAUGUACCUCAAGCGCAGAUGGCUGCAACCAGGUGAAGUGCUGUACAUGCACACCGAGACGGAGCUUCAUGUAAAAAAUAACGACUACAUAAGCCGCGCCAUUGCCAGUGGAGACCCGAGCAGCCACUCUCUGAAUGUGACCAUCUCUCAGCUGAGGGCCAGUGACACUGACCGCUACUACUGUGAGUUUUAUGUCGGUGACAACCUUGGACUAGACAAACCAUUGCCUGAAAGCACAGAGUUCUUCCUCCUUGUGAAUGCCGAUACCCCUGGGUCAGUGGACAUAGGGUUGGUAGAGACAUGUGCUGGGGGCUCGGCUGUACUCCCCUGUCUCCCCCCAAACGGGCAGGGCUUGGCUGUGGAGGGGGUGAGUCUGAAGCGACAGAAGGGCCGGGCACCUGUGGAGGUGUUGUACCACUCAAAGCAUCACCAUGGCAGUAGCACUCCAUCCUCCUUGUCCAAGUUUCCCACCGAGAAGUUCCAGUUGUCCUCGGUGCCCGGACCCAGCGGCAUCACCUACAACCUCACCCUGCAGCAGUUGCAGCCAGACGACAGCGCCCUGUACAGCUGCCAGCUGCUCCUGCAGGGCAGGUCCAGCAGCAGCACCAGUCUAGGAAGAAAACCGUUCUUUGUUUCUGUGCAAGGCACUCAGUGUAGCUGUCCCAGCUACUCUACCCUGCUGUAUGCUUUGUCCUCAGCUGUGGCCAUUCUCGUUUUCCUCCUUGGAUUUGUGUUGAUUUAUCAAGGCAAAUCGCGUCGCAGAGUCAAGGCACACCAUCAGGCCCCCAUCUACGAGGAUAUGGCUGGUGUGCAGCUUGCCAGUCAAAAACUGGCCUCUCGACAUCUGGAGGAAAUGGAGCCCUCUGAGUACAGGAACUGCCCUGUAAAGAAAUCCUGUCCUGAAAACCAUUAUGAAAGCCCCACUGGGGCCCUUCACCCCAGGAAGGAGUCUCAGAGACCAAAUAUUUGAUCUUCUUACCAGCAUCAUGAACUAGACCAGCUUAUCAACUCAGCUCCCUGAAACUCACUGGACUCCAUUUAGCACUUUUUGUUAAAAACAUUUGAACAGCUAAGAUUCUCCUCAGACAGUUUUUUUUUAAAAUUGCAUGUAUAUUUCACCAUUUGAAGAGUGUUUAUAUUUUGGCUCUUUUCAAGAGCCUUUAUAAAUAUUGGCUGCCAAUGGGGUGAGUGAUAUGGACAAAAUCUUCCAUCACAUUUAAAUGCCAAUGCAAAAUGUUGAAAGACAUUUUCUGAAAAAAUGAAUUCAUAAAUUAUAAAUUAAUUAAUAAAUUGACAUUAUUGGAUAAAAUAACCAGACAGGAAUGUCUGUUUUUGGCUGCUUCAACAAAUUAAAGCUGCCCUGUGGAGUUUUUUAUUACUGCCUGUUUACGUUUGUUUCUUACCAAAAUGCAUUGUGUGUCCAUAAGGUCUAACUGAAUGCACUGCCUCCCUUAGCUUAGUUUUGAAUACAUUUAAAACCUACACUUAGUUUAUUAGUUUAUUUAUUAAAACAAAUGUCCUGCAAUAAAUCCUUCAUCAUGAAGGGCGGAUUUAUUGCAGGACUGCUAGACUGCAUUAGUUUUAGCUGACAUAGCUGAUAUACGGUCAUAUCACCCACCCCUAAUAUACUGUAUGUUAAAUAUCCUCUUGUGCUUAUAUUCAGUAUGCAUUAAAAUAAAGUUACUUUAAAUCAAUAUGAAUCAAAA